AUGGCGGAAGUGAAACUAUUUGGUACGUGGUUUAGCCCAUUUAGCAGGAUAAUUGAGAUUGCCUUGAAACUUAAGGGCGUCAAAUAUGAAUUCAUAGAAGAAGUCUUGAACAACAAGUCACCGUUGCUGCUAAAGUACAACCCAGUUUACAAGAAAAUUUCCAUGCUACUCCACGAUGGCAAGCCAAUUUGUGAGACUUUGGUGAUUCUUGAAUACAUUGAUGAAACAUGGGAAGGCCCUUCCAUUUGGCCAAGAGAUCCUUAUGAAAGAGCCACCGCGCACUUCAAGGCUAAGUUCUUUGAUGAGAAUUGUGUGCUUGCAAUGUGGAAAGUAUGUUGGAGCAAAGGAGAGGAGAAAGAAAAGCUCAAGGAAGAAUGUACUCAAGUCCCGAAAAUUCUUGAGAGUACACUUUCGAGCAAGAAGUUCUUUGGGCUGGGUGAGACUAUUCGAAUGGUCGAUGUCACUGGCAAUUUCGUGGCAUAUUGGUUUGGAAUUCUCCAAGAAUUGGCAGGACUGCAAGUAUUUCACAAAAGAGAAAUCUCCCAAUGUAGGUGA